UUAGCUGUCUCAGCACAACAAUAAAUUCUCUGCCCUGCCCUUUCCAUGACCUUACCAGGGAGCCACUUUACAGGGUGCAUCACUGCAACUGGGGCAUAACGCAGGCCAAAAAUUUUUGCUGAGCUUAUCUGAGGAUAGCCAUCUGCAUACUCCAAAAUCCAGAGGACGAACUCCAAAAGUCAAAAGACACAUGAGUUCCAGCUCAACAAAUGCAAUGGCAUUUUGGUAAUAUACUGCAUUAGACAUGGCCGAUUAAUAAGCCAUUGAAAAAAAGCUAGCAGCAGCAGGCCAACGCCUCCGUUUCAUCAUCCUUUGCAUCUCUGGGGAGAAAUUAAUGGCGAAAGGGCGUGAGUUCUUCUUCCUCUAACAAACUAAACGGAACUCAACAAAUUUCUCUAUCACAUCGCCGAUUCAUCGCGCGUAUAUACAUUCAAUCGGGAUUAGAAUCAAUUUUGUUACUAAACAUUAUUGGCGAUGGGUAUUCUGGAAUUGGUGGAUUCUAUCGACUGGGAGCAGGAAUCCUACCCUCGUUAUGAAGAUUUUGUUUUGCUCCCCGUUUUCGCUCUGUUCUUCCCGACGGUUCGAUUCGUGCUCGAUAGAUUGGUGUUUCAGAAAGUUGGAAGUCGAUUAAUAUUUGGAAAGGCAAUACAAGCAAAGGGAAAUGAGACCGAAGAGCAAAAUAAGAAGUUGCGGAAGUUCAAGGAGUCAGCAUGGAAAUUUGUAUUUUAUCUCUCUUCCGAGCUUUUGGCACUUGCCGUAACAUACAAUGAGCCUUGGUUUAAAAAGACGAGAUAUUUUUGGGUAGGGCCUGGAGACCAAAUAUGGCCAGAUCAAACAUACAAGUUGAAACUGAGAGGCCUGUAUAUGUUUGCUGGAGGAUUUUAUACAUACUCCAUAUUUGCUCUCGUAUUUUGGGAGACAAGGCGCUCUGACUUUGGGGUUUCAAUGGGUCAUCAUGUUGCAACGUUGAUUCUCAUUAUGUUAUCCUAUUUAUGCAGAUUUGCCCGUGUUGGUUCAGUUGUUCUUGCCCUUCAUGAUGCUAGUGAUGUAUUCCUUGAAGUGGGGAAGAUGUCCAAAUAUGCCGGCUCGGAAGGAAUGGCUAGUUUCUCAUUUCUUCUUUUCGUGUUGUCCUGGAUUAUACUUCGUCUCAUAUACUAUCCAUUUUGGAUUCUUUGGAGCACAAGCUAUGAAGUGCUUCAGACUCUGGACAAGGAGAAGCACAAAGACGUUGGGCCAAUCUAUUACUACGUUUUCAAUUUCCUUCUUUUCUCGUUGCUGGUUCUUCAUAUUUACUGGUGGGUGUUGAUGUACCGGAUGCUCGUCAAGCAAAUCCAAUCAAGAGGCCGCAUCAGUGAAGACGUUAGAUCUGAUUCUGAAGAUGAACAUGAAGAUUGAUACCCGAAAGAAAAGAGCUUGAACACAUACCCCAGCAUCGCGAAUUAGCAAGGUAAAGUGUCGGCAAAAGCAUCUGCAUAAUUAUAACGACACAUACAUAACUAUACUAGCAAAGAUACUAAGCCUAAAAUCGUGUCGGCGCUGGAUGCGCAAAGCUUGAAGAACAUUGAUAAUUGCUGAAACUAGUUGGCAUUUUUGGUUCUGAAGAUUUCGAUCUGAAAGUGGUACAUACUUAUAAGAACUAACAGUUUUAAGUUAAUUUAAGUAGAGCAAGUAGUUUAUACAUCUUGUGUUCAAGUCAAGAAACUUGUAUAAACUGCAAAUUUACUUGAAAGAGCCAUUACUGAUAGAACAUCUGGAGAAAAUGGAAAUAAGAAUGAUUGAUUCUUGAUUGGUGAUUUCUUUUCUUUUUUGCUGAGAAUCUCUUUUAUUGCCUUUUUUUGUCACUACAAACUGUACCAGGAUUUGAUCAAUUGUUUGCAUAUUUGCUGGUCCUAAAUGAACAAUCCUGGUUGCCCUGUCUUUCCUGUUCUGUGUAAUGAUAAUGCUGAAUGAAUGAUGUCCUUUCUUUAGCCCUAUUUAUUUUAUGAAAAUUAUC